AUGGAGAGUGUCUCCGCAACGCCAUCUCAAAAUGUAGCGGUCUCAGUUGAUGAGUACUUGGAAAGGAUCUAUCUGCGUUUUGCCAUGACUGAAUCCGACGAACAACUUCAAAAGUUCACCGAUGCAUACCUAGUUCGCCUGAUAGAGACCGCGAAUACGGAGCCGAAUGCACUAACAAAGAUAAGGGAGAUCCUCAGUCAUUACAAUCGUCGCGCCAAAGCUGUUACAUCAAUCAGGUAUCCUGUCGAAGCUCUUCUGGGACUGGUCAAAGAAAAAGGCCUUGUUGCAACGAACCUCUCCUUAGUAUAUCUGCGGUUCGCUUCCGGAAAUCUUUCGGAAGAAGAGCGGUUGAGAUUGCUGCCCUUAUACUUCGAAGUGCUCUCGUGCAAAGUCAAUGAAACAAUUCAUUGUGCCGAAUUGCUGUCGCUGUGUGUUCCUGCUUUCAUGAUACUCACCCAAAAAGAAAAGCACCUGUGGCCCAAGUUGGUGUUGUCAGAAAAUGUGAAGCUGCUACUUCUCAGAUUUCUUUUUUGCAUAAUAGCGUUUCCAAUCGAUCCUCCCGAUGUUAUAAAGUCCACAUGUACAGCUCUUACAAAUGGUGAGAAGAUAGCUACACCGGCUAUUACCGCCGACGAAUACCUCAUGAUCGCUGGAAAAGUGUUCACCAAGGAUGUCACCCUUGUUCCGAUAAAGUUAUGUGCCCUAAAGCUUCUUACUUCUGGAUUGUUCGAUGAUGCAGCUAUUUUUUCUAUCCUUGCUUUAGCAUCAGCCCAAAAUGUUGACGCAGUGACUGAUGCAGCUGAAGCCGCUCUGAAGAAGAUUGACAUUCAAGCAUGCGUAGACAACAGAGCGGUUGUCGACGAAUUGAUGGCCAUUUAUCUGGGAAUGACGAUGGUAACGAAAACAGUAAUGGGAAAAAGCACAACACCUUCUCCAGCUAAUUCAUUGAUGAAGCAGAAAAUCUUGCAAUAUCUCACACGCUCGACGAUUGCGCCAGUGACCUAUAUGAAUAAUAUGAAGAUAUGUCUCGAUGGGCUCACACUAACUUCGUACACCAAACUUCUCGUAGCUGCUCUCAAUUUCCUGCACAAAGUAAUCGAAAAAAUGCCUGCAGCUGCACAGAAAAACUUUUCGGCUCUAUUAUUUGACCGAAUUCAGAAAGUUCGAGAGGAAACCAAGAAUGGCAACGCUCUAUCCUUGAUCUACCGCUGUAUGGGCAUAAUUGGAAAGCGAGAUCCAUCCAUUGUAACACGACAGGUGGAGACAAUACCGCUCACAUUCAAGGAGAUUGCUAAGUCCCCAGAUGAUGUCGCGUACGCCGUUGUCGACUGCCUUACCCAGUGGCUGGAAGGAUUCCGCAAGUUAACGGAUCAGUCGCUCGACGUGAAACUCAAAUUACUUAUUCAGGAGUUCCUCACACAUGAAAAUUCCAAGUGCCGAUUGAUAGCGUUGAAAUAUAUGGAAGCAUUUUUGACAUCAGCUGACUUUGAUUUGAGAUGGAUGCUCUUGCUAGCCUGUGGAGAUAAUCGAGAUGAAAUACGCGGUGAAGCAUCUCGUCUCCUUGACGUCUCUUUGAAAGUCGACGUCCCUGCGGAAGCGGUUGUUUUAUAUUUGUGGGAGUGUCUGAAAGGCGAUAUAGUUGAUCCUAAAACUGGAAAGGAAAAGUCGCCGUCAUCACAAGUUAUUUCCCCACUCGUUCAUCAAAUGAGCACACGGUAUAUAUGGGCAGUGAUGGCGAAAGCAGCCGGUGUGCAUACUGAACUGAAAACUGUCGACAGUGGUCAUGAGUGGAAGCAAAUCGCUCCCAAAAUUGCUCAACAUGUCAAAAAGCUGUGCUUCUUUUGCCAAGAAUGUAUGACAGAGAUUUCCCUUCAUGCUCUCAAAGAAGCACAAGAGGUGCCUUUGUUUCACAUCGCAACGUGUUUUUCGGCUGUAUAUCCUCCUAAGAAUCCUCCGCUGUCACUUUUAAUGUCGUUCAUUCAACGAACUCGUGGAACUACGCGCUCCGAUUUGGCUAACGUUGCAGCACAUCUAGCGGCUUCCUUACUGAACAGCAAGGAACGUGAAACGAUGUUUCCUGCGGCUGUUUCGGCGCUGGAGAGAACAAACGUCACGGCAGGGGAUUGUUGGCUCGCCAGUGCAUUUAUUGCUUCUCAUGCAACACCUCGUUCAAGCGUCCUGUCAGUGAUUAAUCAGCUGGUCAACAUAGCUGAAGAAGGAUAUAACAAACCGAAUAAUGUGUUAGAGUCCGCUCUGGGCUCUUUGGCCAACAUACUGCGCACGAUUCUGUUUCAUGACAAGGAUUUUGAAUUACCAACAGAUGUCAUGGAGCGUUUAUUGUCCGUUUGCGAGAAAAUAGCUACUUCACGCAAAGAUGCUGUUUCCACGAAAGCACAUGAAGAGGCUACAUAUGCGAUAGGCUUUUGCGCCACAACAAUGGAUUCGUCAGUUUAUGAAAAGCUAUCGGCUGUUCUUUAUUCUAUUGGAAGCGGUCCCCCUCAACCAGAAGUGCAGCUUGUAGUGGGAUCUGCUCUGUUUGAUGUAGCCCUUGGACCGUAUUCAACAUCACGGAGAAAUUUGUACAUAACGUUGGAGGAAGACUUUCAGCUGAACUCGCUCAGCAGUGAAAUGCAGGAGCUUUGUGAGAAGCGUCUGGCUCAGAUAUUCUCCAAAAUUUUCGACGAGAAGCUCUCAUCAAUGAGUCAUCAUGAACGACGUUCUGCUCUGAUUUGGCUGCUCAUAGUUGUUCGAAGGAGUUUCAAAGCUCGUGCAUGUCUGCUGCAAGGAAUGUUGGACAAGAUCCAAACCGGCUUCGGGAUAGGUCUCGCUGAGAACGACGAUUUCACACAAGAUGUGGCGUCAAGUGGGAUUGGUUUGGUGUACGAAAUGGCAUCUGAGGAACAACGGAAGGCGCUGGUCAAUGAUCUUAUCUCAAGAAUUUCUGAAGGGAAGCCGUUCUCAACCACUAAAGUGGAUUCCAAUACAGAAAUUUUCAACAAGGAACAACAGAUUACUGGACCUGAUGGACAACAUUUAACCACAUAUAAGGAGCUGUGUUCGCUUGCUACGGAUCUUAAUCAACCUGACCUAGUUUAUAAGUUCAUGAACCUUGCAAGGCAUAAUUCAGUGUGGAACCUCAAGAAGGGAGCCGCUCUGGGUUUCGCAGCUGUGUUAGAGGAAGCCAGCAACGAAUUUGAACCAUUCAUCGGGCAGCUAGUGCCGAAAUUGUUUAGGUAUCGUUAUGACCCUGAUUUGAAAGUCAGACAGUCGAUGCGCUCUAUUUGGAGCGUGCUUACGGCAUCGCGUCGUGGCUUGGUCGAAGAAUAUGCAGAUGACAUAGCCAAAGAACUUCAGCAACAGUUGACAAGUCCCGAGUGGCGUGUCAGAGAGUCAGCAUGCCUGGCAUUGUCGGAUUUGAUUCAAGGAAAUGAUUCUCGAUACAUUCGCUCGAUUACUCCCAGUCUUAUGCUGACGAUUUUCAGACUCCGUGACGACGUAAAAGAGUCCGUUCGCCAGUCCGCAAAUCGAGCCAUUAACACUCUGGGGAAACUAGCUGUUCGUCUAUCGUCGGAAUCACCCAAGGGUCAUGAUCCACGCGUUUUCAUUAGCUCACUGCUUCCUGUCUUGAUCCAGAAUGGGAUCCAUUCAGAAAUCAAAGUUAAUAAACAAUUCAGUAUUUCUCUUUUGCUGGAGCUGAGCAAAACGGCUGGUUCACAACUUCGUCCUCAUCUCGCAGAACUUAUUCCCUCUCUCAUCGAUACGAUAAGUGAUACUGAACCAGCAAUCCUAAAUUAUGUGGCGGCUCGCUCAACUCUGGACGAAUUGGAAAUGUUGGAUGAUGCAAGAGCUAAGAUGGCACGUACUUCUCCUAUGAUGACCGCUAUUCAGGAUCUUCUUCCACAGAUUGACAGCGCUGUGUUGAUAGCAAUACAGCCUCGAUUGUGUGAGCAGUUACGAUCGAGCGCGGGCGCUAGCACCAGGAUAGCUUGCGCCCAGUUGCUCACGAUGCUUGCGCUCAGAGCCGCGCAAUUAUUGGGUGACCAUCAAACUCAGUGUGAUAAAUUCUUCAACGCUUUGAUAUCCGGAACGCGAGAUCGUAAUCCCUCUGUACGGAAACACUUUGCGAGCGCGGUUUCAUACAUGGCGAAGUACGCCUCGCCGUCAUCGUUUGAAGCACUAAUGCGCACUGUGCUGAAGGAUCUCCUUGCGGAUGAUGAGUCCAUGAAACAGUCUGCAAAGCACGUUUUAAAAAACUUGUCAGCAAACUGCCCGGAGCUUCUUCAGGGGUACUCCAAACUUGUAGUGCCUUACAUAUUUAUGGAGACAUGCCAGCAUGUAGUCCGUGGUGAUGAAACCUCCAAAAAGCGGCAGGAGGAAUGGUGUGAUCUCUGGAAUGAAAUCGUACCCAGUACCGAGGCAGCCGUUCGCAUGUACCGUGAAGAAAUAAUCUCUUUCAUUCUGGAUAUUCUCCGAAAUAAUGAUGUUUGGUCCGUCCGCGCUCAGGCUGCACGGAUGCUAACGGAAACUACAAAGCAUCUUCAGGAGAGAUUAGAAGGCGCAGAUGCAGCAUCUCUGCUUUCAUCACUUCUCCCCAUGCUUUCUGGCCGGAUAUGGCCCGGUAAAGAGGAUCUUCUCUCGGCAGUAGGGACGAUUUUCUCGUGCGCAGGUCCAUCACUUCGUAAAAUGUGGAGCGAUAAGGAGGUGGAAGAGGUCUUUGCUGUUAUGAGUAGAGAAGCUUCAAAGAGAAAGAAAGAGUACUCAUCUGCUGGUUUAUUGACUUGCGCUCUGUUUUCACGGAGCCUUCCGUAUCCACAAGGUGCGCAGUGGUUGUUGCAGAAAGUCGGCGAGAAUGUGCAGAAAGCACUGGAUCCAAGUAAAGAUGAUGAUCAGUCUGAUGAAGAGCUGAGUGGCGCUUCCACAAAGGAGACUAAAGUGGUGGAGUUCGUCAGUCAAAACAUGGCUGCCUUGGCUAAGGCAGUUGGUGCUUUCUCUGAAGGAAAGAACGCGGCUCCAGCGGUUGACGCACUAUGCUCCUAUUUGACGUCACCGGGGCUCUUUUGGAAAGCAAAACAAACUUUGUCAGUAUCGCUUUUGGAGUUGAUCGAGAGCUGGCAGCUGCAGUCACCGAUUGAAGCGACUCAGCUCGUCGACUCGUUGUUAACAAUGGCUGAAGAAAUGAUUGGCCAGCAGAGGAAAUCCAUAGCGAUGCAAUGUAUAGCUGUAAUUUCGAAGAUCACGCAGCGUCAAGAGUCGUUUGCUGUACAAUGGGACGAGAUCAAGUCAAAAUGGGAAACAAGUCAAGUGAUCCAGGAAACUAAUUUAUUUACCGAUCUCGCUAGUCCAAACUUGGGUGCUAUUAAUGAAGUCAAGCAUUGUGGCAUGUCGUCAAGUAAGUUCAGUGAUGGCAGCAAACCGAGAGUAGCUCAUAGAUCGAGUGCCGCUUCUGAUGAGGUACUGCAAUCGCUAGAGCAUAAGCGCCUAGCACUAGCUAAGAUCGCCGCCUCUAUCGGUGGAAAGAAAGUAGCAAAAGGGCCAACCGUUGUUAAGCAUUUUGCAAAUGGUGUUGCACAUCAUGGACCUGAUGUAAAGAAGAAGAAGAUUAUUCACAGUGACGAUGAUGAGGAUUUCAUCGUUAGUGAUGAGGUUGAGGACGCGGAUGAAGAAUUUAUGCUUAGUGAUGAGGAAGAGAAACGCCCUAGGAAGAAGAAGAAGACUGGUUUACAAGCCUGGCUGAAAGAAGCGCCCAAGAAGUCGGCAUCUGGUGUCCUGAAUGAUUCCGCGACCAAUGCUUUGGGACUUGGGCGAUCAGGAGCAUCCGAAAAAGUGCGAACGCUCUCCGAAUCAAGUGAAGAGGAAUGGCUGUGCAAGCCGCGAAUAGAUGAAGAAGCCAAGCGUAUGAAAACUCGUGUAUCGGACUCUCCUGUGAAGAAACGUUCACGUAUCAAAGCGGUUCUCUCUGAUGAAAGCGAUGACGAUGAAGAAGAAAAACUGACGUCCGCACCUACGUUGAAGAAGGUGGCCAAAGCUGCGGCAAAACAUGGCCGAAAGCGGAAAAGAUCUUCCGACGAGGAGUACCUAGAUGAUGGCAGCGAGAAAGGAUCCUAUCGUGGCGGACAUUCUUCAGAAGAGGCGUCUUCAGAUAGUGACGAUGAAGAACACCACUCACGUAACGAAGGAGAAGAUCACAUGAUGCAAGAGUGUGUUGAAUUCUUCAACACAGCUACACGUCCACAACUCAGUGCUACUCCACGAAUGACUGAAAAGAUUAUAUCUAAAAUCGUGGAUCGUCGUCCGUUCAAAUCGUUCGCUGAAAUGGAAGCCGCCUUUGCGGAAAUCCCGCGAGCAACUGGAGCUUUGGACGCUUAUAUGGAGUUUCUCGAAAAUCGUGGUGUUUUGGAGAAAAUUCUAGAUGACUGCAAGGACCAUGCCGCCUCCGUAGCAGCGGAAUUUGAACGGUGUACUAAUCGACGAAUUAAGCCAUCGCUUUUGGAUGAGAAGUGUUCGCUGCACGAAUAUCAGCUCGUAGGCUUGAACUGGCUUGUGAUGAUGCAUGAGAAGGGAUUCAACUGCAUCCUGGGUGAUGAAAUGGGUCUCGGCAAGACUAUUCAAGUCAUAGCAUUCAUAGCUUAUCUUAUGGAAGCGAAUGUUCGCGGUCCACAUCUGAUUGUUGUGCCGUCAUCAACAAUUGAAAACUGGAUGGCAGAAUUCAUUAAAUGGUGCCCGAAAGUUCGCCUGUUAACCUACUAUGGAAGUCAGGAGGAGCGGCGACAGCUGAGGCAUAUGGCUAAGAAAAAGAAAGAGAAUAUUGAUGUUAUUCUCACAACCUACAAUAUGAUCUCAUCAAAGCACGAUGACAAGAAGUUCUUCAAGAACUUUAGUAUACACUAUGUUGUAUACGACGAGGGCCACAUGCUUAAGAAUUGCGGUACAGAUCGUUAUAGAAAUCUGAUGAAAGUCAGGGGUAAACGGAAAGUGCUCAUGACAGGAACUCCUCUACAAAAUAACCUCAUUGAAUUGAUAUCCCUGAUGUACUUCGUUAUGACACACAUUUUCACAAAGUAUUGUGAGGAUAUUGCUCAGCUUUUGCAGCAUUUCAAACAGCAAGGUCCUGCCCUUGAAUCGGGCUCUUGUUCUAUGUAUCAAAAGGACAGGAUAGAGCAAGCAAAGCAGAUCUUGCAGCCGUACAUGCUCAGGAGACUCAAGGCUCAGGUUCUGUAUCAUUUACCAGAGAAGCACGAAGAAGUUAUAGAGGUGGAAAUGUUGGAGAAUCAAAAGGAGUUGUAUGAAAACGUUUUAGAAAGUGUUCGAGGCGUAGACGGAGACACAAAUAAUGCCUAUGGAGCACUAAUGCGUUUGAGACAGGCAGCAAAUCACCCCUUAUUGAGAAGGACUCAGUAUACGGACUCUCUACUAGACAAAAUGGCAAAAACUCUGUGUGCCAAGGAGAAGCCAUAUGAGAAGAAGAGAUGGGAGGACGUUGCGGAAGAUCUGUCCUACCAGUCCGAUUUCCAAAUACAUCAAAUAUGUGAAAGGUUCCGUAGUACGAAGAAAUAUUUACUAUGCGAAGAUUUGGCACUAGAAUCAGGGAAAUGCCAAGUGCUGGAUAAGCUGUUGCCGAAAAUCAAAUCAAAGGGCGAUAAAGUGUUGAUAUUUUCGCAGUUCACUUCUAUGCUCGAUAUUCUCGAGGUGUAUUUGCGAAUUCGGCAGUUUUCAUUCAGACGGUUAGACGGCUCGACACCUGUAAUGGAAAGGCAGGAGAUGAUCAACGAAUUCAACAAUGAUCCGGACCUCUGUGUGUUCCUGCUGUCGACACGUGCUGGCGGUUUGGGCAUUAAUCUGACAUCAGCAAACCACAUAAUUCUUCACGACAUCGACUUCAAUCCAUACAACGACAAGCAGGCUGAAGAUCGCUGCCAUCGCAUGGGACAAGAGAAAGAGGUGUACGUGACUAAGCUAGUUAGCAAGGAUACCGUUGAGGUUGAUAUACACUGUUUAGCGCGGAAGAAGCUACAACUUGAAAAGGCUGUUACAGAUGGAAUUAAGGGACAGCUGGACGAAAACGAUGAAGUGUCACGUGGGUCAGGAGAUUCAAAAGAGGAAAAGCCAGAUAGUGAUACCCUGUGCCUUCUGCUCAAUAGUGCCCUUAAAAGAAAAUCUUCAGGCGAUAACGUCUAA